AUGGCGGAAACAAACAUGUCCCAAUACAAGUACGAGGCGAUGUCUAACUUGGUCACCCAGGCGGAUCGUCGGUUCAUCGCCCGCAACGAUGAUGAUGCUACCGGUGACCCUGAGUCAAUUGCAGGACGUAUCGGAGUUCGAGACAUGGGAACUCGCGUAACACGCGAUACCACAAAAAAAUCUAAGAAGACUGUCGUCGGCUCCACUGAUCUUCAGCGAGGUGCAAUUCGAGACGGCGCGGAUGUGCUCUUCCGUGAGCAACAAAAGCACGCACAUCAACGAGGCCACGGACUCCUUUCGGGCCCAGAUGCUCUGGUUGAAGGUCUGAGAUACCGCCCACGAACUGCUGUGACGCGAGCCACAUUCGACCUUAUUCUUACAAUCACCGGAUCCCAACUUGGAGAUGUCCCCCACGAAGUCACUCAAAGUGCCGCCGAUGCAAUCUUGGAGUUUUUGAAGGACGACGACAUGAAGGACUUCGAUAAAAAGAAGGAGAUUGAUGAUCUUUUGGGUGGCAAUAUGAGCUCUGAAGAGUUCAAUGAGCUUGUGAAUCUAGGAAAGAAAAUUACGGACUACUAUGCUCAAGAUGACGAUGACGACGAGAUGGAAGAUCGUCUGGAUGAUGCCAUUAACGAGGAUGAUCGACAAGGAGUUGCUGUAGUUUUCGACGACGACGAUGACGACGAUGAUAACUUCGCCAACUUCGCCGAAGACGAUCUUAGCGAUGGGGAACAAUCGGUUGGAUCUGACAUCGAAAAGACUGGCUUUCAAAAGGAUAACAACGAAGGCGAUGACAUGAUUUAUCAUGGCAGCAUCGAACAGGAUCACAAGGCCAGAGACAAAGACGGCUUGAAAGUCCAUGCCCGCGAGAUCGAUGCGUAUUGGCUACAACGUCAAAUCGGCACACUCUACCCUGACCCCGUAACUCAGCAAGAGAAAACCAAGGUAGCCCUUGAUAUCCUUAGUGCCAGGGCAGAAGAUGGUUCUGAGCGUCCUGUUCGUGAUACCGAGAACGAUCUGAUGGAUCUUUUCGACUACGAACAUGCUGAAGCUGUAGCCAAAUUUGUCACCAACAAAGAUAAAGUCGUUUGGGCUACUCGCUGGAGACGAGCCGCUGAAGACGUCGAUGCGCGCAAUCUCGUGGAAAAAGAGAUGCUUGAGGCUGGGCACCGUGCCAUCUUGGAUGAGCUGCUUCAGGGAGAGGGUUCAGUCAAGCGCCCGCUCCCAGAGAAGAAGAUGAAGCUAGAUCUGAUGGAUAUUGAUGUUCCUACGGAGCCGGAGAAGAAGAAGCCCCAAGGCGAAAAUGGCUUGGUGGGUGGCUUGCAGCCCAAGAAAACCAUCAAUCUUGAAAACCUCAUUUUCCAUCAAGGCAGCCAUUUGAUGACGAAUCCAAACGUCAAGCUUCCACAGGGCUCGACCAAGCUCACUCUUCCGGGCUACGAGGAGAUUUCCGUGCCACCGCCCAAGGCCAAGAUCCUGCCUGGAGAGAAGAACCUCCCGACCACCGAAUUGCCAGAGUGGGCUCGUACUGGCUUCGGAAGCUCGAAGGAGCUGAACCGGAUUCAAACUAAGUGUUUUCCUUCUGCUUUUCAUGAUGAUGGAAACCUGCUUGUUUGCGCUCCUACAGGUUCCGGUAAGACUAACGUGGCUAUGCUGGCAAUUCUCCGAGAAAUUGGAAAGCACCGCAAUCCACAGACUGGUGAGAUCAUGCUGGAUGACUUCAAAAUCGUCUUCAUUUCUCCCCUGAAGGCCCUGGUCCAAGAGCAAGUUGGAAACCUCGGCAAGCGUCUCGAGCCAUACGGCAUUACAGUGGCCGAACUUACUGGUGAUAGCCAACUCACCAAGCGGCAAAUCACCGAUACUCAGAUCAUUGUCACCACCCCUGAGAAGUAUGACGUGGUUAGCAGAAAGGGUGCCGAAUCUAGCUACAUCAACCUAGUUCGUCUUAUUGUUAUUGAUGAGAUUCAUCUCCUUCACGAUGACCGUGGGCCUGUUCUCGAAAAUAUUGUCAGUCGAACAAUUCGUCGGGUUGAACAGACUGGAGACCCAGUUCGAAUUGUUGGUCUCAGUGCAACACUUCCCAACUAUCGUGACGUAGGAAGCUUCCUCCGCGCAGACCCUGAAAAGGGAGUUUUCUAUUUCGAUGGCUCCUACCGACCUUGCCCACUGAAGCAAGAGUUCAUUGGAAUCACUGAUAAAAAAGCCAUCAAACAGCUCAAGGCUAUGAACGAUAUCUGUCACAAAAAGAUUAUGGAUCAAGUCGGCAAACGCCGCAACCAAGUUAUUGUCUUCGUCCACUCGAGGAAGGACACUGGGAAGACUGCUAAGUACAUCCGGGACAAGGCGGUUGAGGAGGAGACUAUUGGUCAGAUUAUGCGCAGUGAUGCUGCUAGUGGUGCUAUCUUGUCUCAAGCGGCCGAAUCAAUCAAUGAUGCUUCGCUGAGGGAUAUCUUGCCAUACGGUUUUGGCAUUCACCAUGCUGGUCUAAGUGUAUCGGACCGUAACACCGUGCAAGAUCUCUUUGCCGAUGGCAGCCUCCAGGUUCUCGUGUGUACCGCAACCCUCGCCUGGGGUGUCAACCUUCCAGCACACACUGUGAUCAUUAAAGGAACCCAGGUUUAUUCUCCUGAGAAGGGAAGCUGGGUGGAACUGAGUCCCCAGGACGUCCUUCAGAUGCUCGGACGUGCUGGUCGACCCCAGUAUGAUACUUUUGGUGAAGGUAUUAUUAUCACAUCUCAAUCUGAGAUGCAAUAUUAUCUAUCCUUGUUGAAUCAGCAACUGCCAAUCGAAUCACAGCUUGUGGGCAAACUUGCAGACAGUCUCAAUGCCGAAAUUGUUCUCGGGAACGUUCGAAACCGCGAUGAAGGUGUAGAGUGGCUUGGCUACACCUACCUCUUUAUUCGAAUGCUUCGUUCACCCGGCCUAUACAGUGUUGGUGCGGACUACGAAGAUGAUGAUGCUUUGGAGCAAAAGAGAGUUGAUCUUAUCCACUCAGCGGCUAUAGCUCUGGAAAAAACUGGACUUGUUAAGUACGAUAAGAAUACUGGAACACUGCAGGCGACCGAGCUCGGAAGAAUUUCUUCGCAUUACUACAUUGGCCACAGCUCAAUGCUUACAUAUGCUCAACAUUUGCAACCCGGUAUCACAAGUAUCGAAUUGUUCCGUGUCUUUGCCCUCAGUGACGAAUUUAAGUACAUUCCAGUCCGUCAAGAGGAGAAGCUAGAGCUUGCCAAGCUUCUCGGCCGCGUGCCUAUCCCUGUCAAGGAGACAGCCGAGGAACCCCAUGCGAAGAUCAACGUGUUGCUCCAGGCUUACAUCUCUCGACUGAAUAUGGAAGGAUUGGCCCUGAUGACUGACAUGGUCUUUGUGGCUAACUCUGCUGUACGUCUCCUCCGCGCGAUCUUCGAGAUCUGUUUGAUGAAGGGUUGGUCCGAGGUGGCUUUGUUCGCUCUUGACCUUUGCAAGAUGGCCGAGAGACGCCAGUGGCAUGUAAUGUCGCCACUUCGCCAGUUUCCACAGUGCCCUCGAGAAAUCAUCCUUAAGGCCGAGCGAAUUGACGUGCAAUGGUCUAGGUAUUUUGAUUUAGAUCCCCCGCGCAUGGGUGAAAUGUUCAAACUUCCUAAUGCCGGCCGCACUGUAUGCGAAUUGGUUUCUAAAUUCCCUCGCCUGGAGCUUCAAGCCCAAGUUCAGCCAAUUACACGCUCUAUGGUUCGAAUCGAGCUUACCAUCACUCCGAACUUUGUUUGGGAUGAUGCUAUUCAUGGUCAAUCACAAGACUUUUACAUUCUCGUCGCGGACUGCGAUGGUGAAGAGCUCUUGUACCACGACAUUUUCAUCCUACGCAAAGAGUUUGCUGAAUCUGAGAUGAAUGAUCACCUUGUAGAGUUCACAGUCCCGCUCACCGAGCCUAUGCCUCCGCAGUACUUCAUCUCUGUGGUGUCUAAUCACUGGUUGUGCUCUGAGACAAAGAUUGCUCUCAUGUUCGACAACCUUCUCCUCCCAGAGCGCUUCCCUCCCCACACUCCCGUGUUGGAUAUUCAACAAGCACCGGUCAGUGCCCUUAAGCGCCAAGAGUUCCAGGAACUCUACCCGAACUGGGAUAAAUUCAAUAAGAUCCAGUCUCAAGUUUACCACAAGAUGUUUGAAUCGAAUGAUAAUGUCUUUCUUGGUGCACCGACCGGGAGCGGCAAGACUGUCUGUGCCGAGCUGGCUUUGCUUCGUCAUUGGUCCACGGAGAAUACUGGACGUGCGGUUUACAUAGCUCCAUUCCAAGAGAUUGUUGACCUGCGUCUUGCGGACUGGGAGAAACGGUUUAGCAAGCUCUCCGGUGGAAAGAACAUUUCCAAGCUUACAGGUGAGACGACAGCCGACUUGAAGAUCCUCGAGCACGCCGAUCUUGUCCUCGCCACUCCCAGUCAGUGGGAUGUGCUCUCCCGCCAGUGGAAGAGACGCAAGAACGUUCAAACUGUGCAACUGUUUAUCGCCGACGAACUUCACCUGCUAGGUGGACAUUAUGGAUAUGUGUACGAGGCAGUCGUGUCUCGUAUGCACUAUAUCGCUCUCCAGACUGAGUCCUCCAUGCGCAUAAUUGGUCUGAGUGUGCCACUCACCAAUGCUCGCGAUAUUGGCGAAUGGAUCGGUGCAACCAAACAUACAAUCUACAACUUCAGCCCCCAUGCUCGGCCCGUUCCUCUGGAACUCCAUCUUCAGUCCUUUUCAAACCCCCAUUUCCCUUCGCUGAUGCUCGCGAUGGCCAAACCGGCAUAUCAUUCGAUUUUGAAAUACUCGCCUGACAAGCCAGCUUUGGUCUUUGUCCCCAACCGUAAGCAGACUCGUUCUACCGCCAUUGAUCUGAUGACCGCAUGUGGAGUAGACGAUGACGAAGAUCGGUUCCUUCACGCCGAUGUCGAAGAAUUGGCACCACUUCUUAGCCGUAUCCAGGAGCACACACUUUCUACUGCCCUAUCACAUGGUAUUGGCUACUACCACGAGGCUUUGAGUGCCACUGACAAACGCAUUGUCUUGCAUCUUUUCAACAUUGGUGCUAUCCAGGUUCUCCUUGCAUCGCGGGAUGUCUGCUGGGAGUUGGACGUGUACGCGCAUCUUGUCAUUGUCAUGAACACGCAGUACUACGAAGGUCGUGAGCACCGGUACAUUGAUUACCCAAUCAGUGAGCUUCUCCAGAUGUUUGGCAAAGCUUCUCGUCCCGGUAAAGAAAAACUAGGUCGCGGUGUUUUGAUGGUGCCUACCCACAAGCGCGAGUACUACAAGAAGUUCCUCAAUGAGGCAUUGCCCGUGGAGAGUCAACUUCAGUCUUACUUGCACGAUGCCUUCGUAACAGAGGCCAGUAGCAAUACCAUCGCUUCGACCCAGGAUGCUCUCGACUGGAUGACCUACACUUACUUCUACCGUCGCCUUUUGGCAAACCCUAGCUUCUACGGUCUCAGUAGCGUGAGCCAUGACGGACUAAGCGCUUUCCUUUCGGAUUUGGUUGAACAGACUCUGAAGGAGUUGUCGGAGGCCAAGCUCAUCGACUUGGAUGAAGAUGAUGAUAGCGUCUCACCUCUUAAUGCAGCCAUGAUUAGCGCAUAUUACAACGUCUCUUUUAUCACCAUGCAGACCUUCUUGCUAUCGCUCACUGAUCGAACAAAGCUCAAGGGUAUUCUGGAGAUUGUCACAUCUGCCACUGAAUUUGAAUCGAUCCAGAUGCGCCGUCAUGAGGAGAGCACUCUUCGCAAUGUGUACGAUCGUGUGCCUGUCAAAAUGUCACAGCCUGCGUUCGACUCCCCUCACUUCAAGGCGUUCGUUCUUCUGCAGGCACAUUUCUCACGCAUGCAGCUGCCCAUUGAUCUGGCCAAGGAUCAAGCAGACAUCCUUCGCGUGGUCCUGAACCUUCUGAGUGCCUGCGUGGAUGUUCUUUCUUCUAAUGGCCACCUUAAUGCCAUGAACGCUAUGGAGUUGUCUCAAAUGGUGGUUCAAGCCAUGUGGGACCAUGAUAGCCCUCUCAAGCAGAUUCCUCAUUUCUCACCCAAAGUCAUUGAGGUCGCCAACGAGUACAAAAUCGAUUCGGUAUUGGACUUUACUGAGGCUAUGGACCCCUCUGAGAACAAGGACUAUGCUACUUUCGUCAAGCGUCUUGAACUCAACAACAAACAGCUGGCGCAGGUAGCAGCUUUCACCAACGAGAAAUACCCUAAUCUUGACCUCGACUUUGAGGUUGAGGAUCCCGAAAAUGUGACUGCCGGUGAGCCCUCUUAUCUCAAGAUCAAGAUUGAACGGGACUUGGAGGAAGAUGAGGAGCCCGACCUGGUCGUCCACGCACCUUUCUAUCCCAACUCGAAGAUGGAGAACUGGUGGCUUGUCGUUGGUGAUGAGAUGAGCAAUAGCCUUCUAAAUAUCAAGCGUAUUACCAUUGGUCGGAAGUUGGAGCUGCGUCUGGAAUACAUCGUUCCCUCGUCGGGUGAGCACCAACUGACGCUCUUCCUGAUGAGUGAUAGUUAUGCCGGUGUUGAUCAAGCUCCUACCUUUACCGUGAAUGCGGCCGAGGGUAUGGAUGAGAGUGAGGACGAUGAGUAA